UGGUUACCCGCUAAUUACUCCCUCUUCUCCUCAUCUCCAUCGCGCGGCCUAAAUACCCCAAAUUUUGUACUUAAUUCUUUUUCCCUUUUAAUUUCAAAAUUCCAUGAGUUCCUUUGCCCCCAAUAUCUCGAAAUACCGUUCAAAUCCCUAAACCUUUUCUUUUUCUCUCCAUGAAUUUAUAUAUAUAUGCAUAUAACAAAUGAUUCAUUGAUUUGGGGUUUUGUUUCUUUCUGAAUCAGGACAAAUGGGUUUUCCGAUCUAUACCAAAAGACCACAGGGAUUGAUCUAUAGAAUUCCCAGUAUGAGAGAAUGGAAGAAAAUUACAGGAGGUUGAAGGAGAUAAACAAGAAGGGUUCAUGCUUUUUUUUUGUUGUUGAUUAAGGGAACAAGGUUUUUUUAUUUAUUUACAGGCAGAGAAUGGGUGGAGACUUGAAUGAACUUAACAUUAAUGAACUGCAAGCCCUUGAAGCUAUACGUGAGAGAAAGCAUGGAGUCACAAGAAGUAAUUGAUGCAGAACUCUCAGCUAGUGUUCUGCAGUUGAUAAAUGUCACUGAUAGUGGAUUACACAGUCAAGUACACUGAGCAUGUUUUUCCACUUGCAAAGCUUAUGAAUGUCAGUGAAGAUGAGAGUCAACUUUCUGUUAUAGCUAGGCAAGGUUCAGGCAGUGCUUGUCGGAGUUUGUUUAGUGGAUUCAUUAAGUGGAUUAUGGGAAAAGAGAGGUGCAGAGGGAUAGAGCUGCAGAGCUUUUGGGUUUGCGUGCAUGCAAUUUUCGGCCACGACAUUCAAGCAAACUUGGAAAUGAGUUUCGGGUGUUCACAAACUAUGACCCUGAGGAGAGAUUAGGAGGAUGAGAGCAAGAAUAAUAGGUGCCUUUUUCUUGCCAUCGUUUGCUAGGAAUAUUUUCUCAUGCACGAGCUUCAUGCAACCUAAUUUUUAUCCAUUAUCAAGGCAUUUCCAACACUUACCCUUGGAAAAGUUAACUAGCUUUUCUGCUAAUUUUCCCAGAGAAAACAUGCAGAUGAGAAAACUUCCAAGCAAGUUCAUCCUCAUAUUAUGCAUUUUGGUCUACUUUUUUAAACUAGUGCAAUUUUCCUCACUUGUGUAGAUUUCGUAAUACAUAAAACUAUUUAAGGUUGUUUAAAGUUGUACUGACUCAUGCCUACUCAUUGUCAUUUUGAAAUGUAAUUAGGAAGUUGUUCCAAAACGCACAAUAUAGAUGGAAGAAGACAUACAAGUUUCUCAUAUGUAUUAUUUAUUUUAGUUUUGAUUCUAAAUUUUUAUUUUUACUUUAA